AUGAAAGAAAAUUUAUUUGCCUCUUUUAUUACCCCAACAAUAAUAGGACUUCCUAUUGUUACCCUUGUUGUCAUAUUCCCAAGUAUAUUAUUCCCAACCCCCACCCGACUAAUUAAUAACCGCUUAAUCUCUUUUCAACAUUGGCUAAUUCGACUCACGUCUAAGCAAAUAAUAACUAUUCAUAAUUACAAAGGACAGACCUGGUCCUUAAUGCUAAUAUCUCUAAUUAUAUUUAUUGGGGCUACUAACCUUCUAGGACUCCUUCCGCACUCAUUUACCCCUACCACACAACUAUCAAUAAACUUAGGCAUAGCAGUUCCUCUAUGAGCUGGGACUGUAGUUACUGGCUUCCGCAAUAAAACGAAAGCAUCACUAGCACAUUUCCUCCCCCAAGGAACACCUACACCACUAAUCCCCAUACUAGUAAUUAUCGAAACUAUCAGCCUGUUCAUUCAACCCGUAGCCCUGGCCGUUCGACUAACAGCUAAUAUCACAGCAGGCCAUUUAUUAAUGCACCUAAUUGGAGGAGCUACCCUAGCCCUAAUAAAUAUUAGUACACUAACAGCCCUCAUCACCUUUGUAGUCCUAAUUUUACUUACAAUUCUCGAAUUUGCCGUAGCUAUAAUUCAAGCCUAUGUUUUCACCCUACUAGUAAGCCUAUACCUACAUGACAAUACUUAA